AUGCCUGAUCAAAAGAGGCGAAAGGUCAAGGAAGGCCGCGCCGAACCCCUUGCUUCCUCAGACAGCGAUGCCGGCUCGGUAGCUUCCCAGACUGAAGAUGCGAUUGAUCCACAACCCGAAGAGACGGGCGAAGCUAGCUCGCCCGCGAAGACAUUUAAGGAACUGGGCGUGAUUGAUACCCUUUGCGAAGCUUGCACUACACUUGGAUAUAAAACAGCAACACCCAUCCAAGCACAAGCGAUCCCCGUCGCCUUGUCUGGAAGAGAUUUGAUUGGUCUUGCUGAGACUGGUAGUGGGAAGACGGCAGCAUUUGUGAUCCCAAUUUUACAAGCCUUGAUGGAGAAGCCAAAGCCAUUUUUCGGUCUUAUUCUUGCACCAACCCGAGAAUUGGCAGUCCAGAUUGCUCAGAGCGCGGAGGCUUUGGGAAGCGUCAUUGGUGUUCGAGCUGCCACCCUCGUCGGUGGUGUUGACAUGGUCCCCCAAUCUAUUGCGCUAGGGAAGAAGCCACAUUUGAUCGUUGCAACCCCGGGAAGAUUAAUCGACCACAUGGAAAAUACUAGAGGAUUCAGUCUGAAAUCAUUGAACUACCUGGUCUUGGAUGAAGCGGAUCGCCUACUCGACCUCGAUUUCGGCCCUAUAUUGGAAAAGAUUCUGAAUCAGCUUCCCAAGGAGAGGAGGACCAUGCUGUUCUCAGCGACAAUCUCAUCGAAAGUUGAAAGCUUACAGCGAGCCUCUUUAUCAAAUCCCGUCAAGGUCGCCAUAUCCUCUUCGAGCUAUCAGACUGUGAAACAACUGAAGAGCUACUACAUUUUACAGCCUCACAAGAAGAAGGACGUUUAUUUGCUACUUCUCCUUGUUAAGCUCACAGGCUCUACAUCCAUUAUCUUCUGCCGAACAGUUCAUGAAACGCAACGAAUCGCGUUCUUCCUGCGGGCCUUAGGACUCUCGGCAAUUCCUCUCCAUGGUCAGAUGUCGCAGAGCUCUCGUUUGGCAUCAUUGGGUCGCUUCCGAUCGAAGUCUCGCGACAUCCUCGUUGCAACAGACGUCGCAGCACGUGGUUUAGAUAUUCCUAGCGUCGACUGUGUGAUCAACUACGAUCUUCCAGGUGAUUCCAAGACAUAUAUUCACAGAGUUGGACGCACUGCGCGAGCAGGAAAGUCUGGUCUCGCCAUAUCAUUUGUCACCCAAUAUGUAUGCUUUCCCUUCAUAACGCUCCGGGAGAUAGCUAAACUAACAAUGCACAAGGAUGUGGAGCUAUGGCAACGCAUAGAGAACGCUUUGGGCAAGCAGCUCCCGGAAUACGAGGUCACCAAGGACGAAGCUAUGGUCCUUGAAGAAAGAGUCUCAGAGGCUCAGCGCGAGGCCAUCCUUCAAAUGAAGGAUUAUGAUGAGAAGAAGGGCAAUAAGCCAGGCAAAAAGUUCGGUAAGGGUAAGAGGUCUCGUGACGAGAUGGAUCGGGAGCAGGGCUAG